UGUAAUGACAAAUGUCAUUUGGGUUAUAGCAAAGCAAUGAAGGAAGGGGAGCCAUUUUGCUGCUAUGAUUGCUUUCCCUGUCCAGCUGGGAAAAUUUCAAACCAGUCAGAUAUGAAUGAUUGUUUACAAUGCCCAGAAGACCAGUAUCCAAAUAACCUCCAGGAUUCAUGCAUUCUGAAAUACAUAAGUUAUUUGUCCUAUGAAGAACCAUUGGGGAUCAGUUUGACAAUUGCUGCUCUCUCUUUUUCUUCCGUCACAGUUUGGGUACUUCAGAUUUUCAUUAAGCACCAGGACACUCCCAUAGUCAAAGCCAACAACCGGAGCCUCACUUACACUCUCCUUUUCUCCCUCUUGCUCUCUUUCCUUUGUACUUUAUUAUUCAUAGGUCGACCUGAAAAAGUAGUAUGUCUCCUUCGACAAUCUGUUUUUGGUGUCAUUUUCUCCAUUGCAGUUUCUUGUGUGUUGUCCAAAACAACAAUAGUGGUCCUAGCUUUCAUGGCUACCAAACCAGGAUCCAGCAUGAGAAAAUGGAUGGGGAAACAACUGGCCACCUCCAUUGUUCUUUCCUGCUCCAUGAUUCAAACCACUCUUUGCAUUGUGUGGCUCUCAACCUUUCCCCCAUUCCCAGAUUUGGACAUGCACUCCAUGACUAAAGAAAUUGUACUGGAAUGUAAUCAAGGGUCAGUCGGUAUGUUUUAUUGCGUCCUGGGCUAUAUGGGUUUCCUGGCCAUUGUCAGCUUCACUGUGGCCUUCUUAGCCAGGAAGUUGCCUGACAGUUUUAAUGAAGCCAAGUUUAUCACCUUCAGCAUGCUGGUCUUUUGCAGUGUGUGGUUGUCAUUUGUUCCAACUUACUUGAGCACCAAGGGCAAAUACAUGGUGGCUGUGGAGAUCUUCUCCAUUUUAGGCUCCACUGCUGGUUUAUUAGGCUGCAUCUUUUCCCCCAAAUGCUAUGUUAUUUUACUGAGGCCUGAACUAAACAGCAGAGAACAGCUAAUGGGGAAAAAGAGAUAA